AUGGCUUCUAAAAUCUUGAUUCCUAAACUUGCAUGUACUUCUAAAUUGCCUGUUUAUUUGCGUAAAAAGAAUUUAAUUUUCGCCUCUACACAGCAACAAACAGAAAAACCUUCUUUUUCAUCAUCACAAAUCAUUUCUUGUGAUGAUGUAUCAACUGCACCAUUGUCUUGUUCUUCUUUUACCAACAUUUCAAGGGCUAAAUCAUCCAAUUUGGACUCUUUAUGUAGCCUUUGGAGAGAGAUUCAAGGUUGUUCCAAUUGGGACAAUCUUGUUGAGCCCUUACACCCUCUUCUUCGUCAAGAAAUCGUUCGUUAUGGAGAAUUCGUUACGGCUUGUUACAAAGCUUUCGAUCUUGAUCCCAACUCGAAACGCUUCUUAUCUUGCAAAUAUGGUAAGAAAAACAUGUUGAACCAAAUCGGUAUGCAUGAUUCGGGCUAUGAAGUCACUAAAUAUAUCUAUGCAACUCCUGAUAUUAACAUUCCAAUCCAUAAUGGUGCUUCUUGCAGCCGAUGGGUCGGUUACAUGGCUGUAUCGAACGACAAAACAACGGAGAAGAUCGGAAGAAGGGAUAUAAUUAUUACAUUUCGAGGAACAGUGACUAACCAUGAGUGGGUUGCUAAUUUUAUGAGCUCUCUCACUCCACCAAGACUAGACCCUCAUAAUCCACGCCUUGACGUGAAAGUGGAAUCAGGGUUUUUGAGCCUGUACACUUCGGAUGAGAGCGAUAAUAAGUUCGGACUCGAAAGCUGUCGCGAACAGCUUCUCUCCGAAUUGUCGAGGCUGUUAAAAAUGUAUAAAGGAGAAGAAAUGAGUAUAUCAAUGGCGGGUCAUAGUAUGGGGAGCUCAUUGGCUCUUCUUCUUGCAUAUGACAUAUCCGAGCUUGGAUUGAAUAGAAACGAUCGGAACGGAGAUGCUGUUCCGGUGACGGUGUUUUCGUUCGGGGGACCGAGGGUAGGAAAUGCAGGGUUCAAAGAAAGGUGUGAGGAGUUGGGGGUGAAAGUGCUGAGAAUUGUGAAUGUGAAUGAUCCAAUCACAAAACUACCUGGGGUAUUCUUAAAUGAAAAUUUUAGGGUUUUGGCAGGAAGAUAUAAAGUUCCAUGGAGUUAUUCAUGUUACGCACAUGUGGGUGUUGAAUUACUUGUUGAUUUCUUCAGCAUGCAAAACCCUACAUGUGUUCAUGACUUGGAAGCUUACCUCAGCAGCUUGCUUAUGAAAUGCCCUAAAAGACCAUCAUCAUUACCACCACUAGAGCUUGAUCAUCAACAAGAAAAUUUUGUUGAUGGUUUUCAGCUGGAUGGUAAUUUCUUGAAUAAAACAAAGGAACUGCUAUUCAAUGCACAAAAUCUUAACAUCUUGCCACUAAGAAUUGCUCUAUGUAAUAUGAUAAACUUGGUUCAGUCUCAGAAAACUAAAUUCCUUAUAAAUGAACAUGUUUAUCUAUGGAUGAACUCCUUGCUGAGAACAGCCUUUGCUCUAUUUGUAAUUAACCUUCCGGAGUCUCAAGAUCACAUUCUCCUACAUUGCCCCUUUGCUACCGCUGUUUGGAACAACAUUUUGAUUAAUGUUAGUUUUUCUUCGGUUAUGCCAAGCUGUGUGGAUGAUUUUCUGGUUCAAUGGUGCUCCUUGGUGUUGAAUGGUUCAGCUAAGAAGCUUUGGCAUUCUCUUUGGGAUACAACAUUAUGGGAAAUUUUGGAAAAGUAG